UUUCAACAUCGUUGUUACCGGCAUUCAGAAUCAGAGCUUACUUAGGUGUUGUGUGUGUGUCUGCAUGUGAAGAAACUUCACUUGGAUAUAGUAUUUUUAACUGAACUUAUUAAUUAUUCCCAUUAUGUCUUGGCAAGCAUAUGUAGAUAAUCAAAUCUGUGCCGAAGUGUCAUGUAGGAUUGCAGCCAUAGCAGGAUUACAAGAUGGUUCUAUAUGGGCUAAAUACGAAGAUUCUGGUGCGAAACCGGUCACACAACAAGAAUUAAAAACUAUAGCAGAUGGAAUGAGAGCAAAUCCUGCGGCGUUUCAAGAAACGGGAAUCUAUCUCGGAAAUGAAAAAUAUAUCUGUUUAUAUGCUGAACCAACCUUACUAAGGGGGAGAAAAGGAAGUUCUGCCUUAAUUGUUGUUGCAACUAAUACAUGUUUGUUAGUUGCUGCCACAACAGAUGGGUUUCCACCUGGUCAACUAAAUACAGUGGUUGAAAAAUUAGGAGAUUAUUUGAAGCAAAAUAAUUACUAGAUUCUGUUCAAAAUGUUUCUUGCAUACUUGCUUAUCGAUACAGAGUAAUUGUUUCAGAGGAUCUGCUCAAAUGAAAUUGAAUUCUUGGAGGGAAUUGUCCGAUUUUUUUUAUAUGGAAGGAAAAACAAUUUAUAAACUGAAAGUUUAAAUUAUGAUAUUUUACUGUUGAAUAUGUUCAGUAUCCCAAAUUUUUGAACCAAUGAAACCAGAUUUGUAAGCCCUUCUCUGCUUUUCUCCCCUCCCCUCCUAUUUUUUAAGCUGUUCACCCAAUUUUUAAUGCUUCAUUUUAUAGCUAGUCAAAUUAUUCUGAAAUAAUCUCUGUAUAUACAUAUGCAAUGAUACUUACGAAGUAUGUUUCUAUUGUUUUAUAUUGUAUUGUUCACAUAUUUUAUUAGUCUUAAAUUGUAAUACAUACAAAUUUUGAAUGUUUUACUAACUAUUGGCUGGAUUACACUUUGCGCUUACAUUGCAGUGUUGACUUGUUCAGGUGUAAAUUAUUGUAAAAGAACCUCGAUGAGAAAUGGCCUUUGAUUUACUGUGAUGUAGCAUUUUGCAUGUAUGUAAACUUUUUUAUACAAAUAAAAUCUUUGGUACAUUGAAUGUAUGUUGCAACAAUAGUGUAUAAGUGCUGCUUUUUUCAUGCUGCAUAAUUGUCUGCAUAAUAUAUAUUUGUUGUCUGUGUGGCAAAAAUGUUUUAGAAAAGAUUAGCUGUGACUUACUGUGUAUUUUCUCAUACUAUUUGCUUACAAUGUCUGGUCAAUUGGUGGUAUUCCUUUAGUGGUGCCAACAUAUUUUCAUGAUGAAAUUGUUUUACAAAGCUUUGUAAUACUAAUAGUUUUUGUAUUAUCGAUAACUAAUGUUUCGGCAUCUUUUUAAUUAAAUUUGUCACUUCUGUA